AUGAAUGAUGCAAUUUCAUUUCACCCGGGCGAUCGCGUUACAGUUUGGCAAGAGCGGUUCUUUUGUCCGAACUGCAUCAGCCAACAAAACGUUGCGACAAACACCCCGAAUAAAGAAAACCAGAAAGUAAACGGCAGUGCACCUCUAUCGCCACUCUCAGUCACGGAUGAUGAAGGUUGUAUCAGUGCAGCAGAAGCUAGUCUGAGUGAUUUCGCAUCUCCUCAAAGUAAAGCGGGGACAAAAGAUUUGGGCGAUAAGUUCGUAGAGUGUGAAAAGAAGGAAGAAUUCCGUCUUCCUUCUUCUGACUCUAAAUGCAUGCCUUCAUCCGGGAUCCCUCAAAAAAGCAAAUCGAUUCUUCGCAAAACAGGAACCGAACCAGACAAACUUCGCACAUCCUCUCGUGAACAUGGAUAUCUGAGCACCGAUUCUGGCCUUGGUGAACGGAUGGGCGAUUCCACACUAGCCAGUGAGGAGGAAUCAAGCGCUAAUCAGGUAUGGGAAGAACAUAGUCCAACUACAGAGAGCUUGCAUUCUCGUGUCCCAAACUCAGACUACGGUCGACAUUUGAGUCAGUCAUACAUGCAUCUGGGUGAUCCGCCAGCACAAUCGGACCGAUACAAACGGAACGUUUCGUUUACCUCGUUGAACAAACCAACCAAAACCAAGCACUUUCACAUUCCCGAAACCAAAAAUCGCUACCUCCCGCCAGGCGUUCGCACCAGUGAAUUGCUAUUCGGUCAACCGGUUCGAAAUACCCUGUCUACCACUGAUGGUUCACAGGCACGCCGCGUUUUGCGUCGACCUGUGAUGACUCGAUCUGCCAUGGAAUUGGAUCAGAAAACCGCGGACACGUCCAUUUCGACCAGUAUUCCACCCGAUAUGCCAAAUGGUGUCGCUUAUCCUCCUUCGACCAACGGGAUCCCCGUGAACGGAGACAGUCAGCAUGUGAGUCCGAGUGAGACAACAAGCAGUCGCCUGGGCACAAACACUCUUCGUGCGACCAGGCCGGACGAGCAAGAAGUCACUGCCGAGGCUCGUCGAUUAGCCUGCUAUCCGGCCGGUCAACAACGGGAUCUGUCUGUCCCAGCUCCCAUAGAACGUUACGACUGGCCUGGCCCACCAGCAUCCGCGGUCAUUCUGGCUGAACUGAUUCACGUGUCGCGCGUCCUUCUCUGGUCGCUGGUUAUACUCGAUUUCGGUGUGUCUUUCAGUCUCAAUGAGACGCGGGCUGUAGAGGCGCAACAGUGUCUCGUCAACAUCCGACAGACUCACGUGAUAUGA